AUGGAUUAAAAAGGAUUUGAGAUAGUUGACACUAAAAUGUUAAUGCAUAGAGAUUUUAAGCCUGAAAAUGUUUUAAUUACAAAAGAUGGAAUUUUUAAAAUUACAAACUUUGGUUUUAGCUAGAUUAUGGGAAGAUAUACUGGUUUAGCUAGAUUAUGGAAAGAUAAACAUAUGAAAACUUAAACAUGUACUAUGUAAUAUAGAUUUUCCGAACUCUAUUUCAAUUCACAAAAAUAUUAUCUUGCUCUUGAUUUUGGAAAAUAGAAAGUGUAUUUUCUGAAUUACACCUUAAAUAGCCUCUAUUUUUAGAUGAUAGUGAAAUGAAAAUAUUAUCGAAUAUGAUUAACAUAUUUGGUAAUCCUAAUGAAUAUAAUUGUCCUAGUUACCUGCCUUAAAUUGUUUAAUUCGAAAAAAGAUAACCAAAAAAUUUAUCUAAAGAAAUACUAAAAAUAAAUGGUGAUGAAAUAGAUUCCUUAUAAAAAAUGUUAUAAUAUGAUCCAAAUACAAAAAUUAGUGUAAAGGAUGCAUUAAAACAUCGAUAUAUUACUUCUAUCAAAAAGCGAAAUUUAUCAAAAAAAGUUAUGUAAAUUAUACAAAAUAAAUUUAAAUGA